CCCGUCUACUUACAAAGCGACGUUGGCUGAAGCUCCCAACACACGAUACGUUUUACCUGGUUUUACUUACGGUUGUGUUAUUGUUCUUGGCAGGCGUGGUCGGUGGCCGUUGUUGUUUGUUUCUUCAUUAACUAAAAAUACGUUUGUUACUUUGUUAGUGAUCUUCAAGUGUCAGAGUGAUCGUUUGUUGUGCAAGGAGGAAAUGUUUACUUGAGUCUUCCACUCCAAUUGCCAACUAUACAUUUUUUAUCGCUAAUGAAGACGCCUUCAUCAUUCAGAAGUAUCCUGUUUAAAUAUUACAUGACUAAAUGAGUUUAGAGAGGGUCCCUGCUACUGAAGAAGACGAAGAAGAGAUGAAGAAAAGAUCCCUGGCCGGCAACGUCGCCAUCGGCUUCGUCCUGGUGGCCUUCGUGCUCAUCGCCGUAGCCUUCGCCACUCCCAGCUGGCUGGUCUCGGACUACCGCAUCACGGGAGCCCGCCUGGACCGCUUCGGCCUCUGGAGCCACUGUUUCAGAUCGCUGCCCGACCCCGUCGACGUCAACCAGCGAAGAUUCUUCGUGGGCUGCCGCUGGAUCUACGACCCCUUCACCACCGGCUACGACCAGAUCCGAGGCUACCUGGUACCUCCGUUCUUGGUGGCCACCCAGUUCUUCUUCACGCUGUGUUUCCUGGCAGCGCUAGUGAGCGCCGUGCUCACCCUGUUGUACUUCCUGUGCUGCGGGCCGGACAUGGACCAGUACGUUAUGCUGAUCAAAUCGAACGCGUUGAUUCUACUGGUCGGGGGGUUAUCGGGAGCUAUAGCGGUUAUUGUAUUCGCUAGCUGCGCGAAUAAGAAGGGUUGGAUGCCUGGCCACGAUAACAAUUUCUUUGGGUGGUCGUUCGCGUUGGGGUGCAUCGGGGUGGUGGCUGCGUUGAUAGCGUCGACGUUGCUGUUUGUCGAUGGUCACGUGCAGCAAAGGAAAAAAGAUAAAGUGAAAGAUUCGCAAUUGAAGUUUGAAAUGGAACAUUAAUAAUCGUUUUAUGAAUAAUUUCCAAUAGGUAAAAGUAUGUGCAAACAUGUUGUAUAAUUUCAUUAUAUGAUUAUGCCAAGAUGUCCUAGUUUUAGAAUCAGUGCUAUUCAAUUUUUUCUGCAAAUUCUUAUAAAUAAAACGUCAUAUAAUAUAUCCGUCCAAAUUUCAAGAAAAAAACCUAUGCCGUAACAAAUUCCUUCCUAAAUCAUAUCUACUGUCUCGGAUGCUUUUUUCUCUUGCAUUGUUUUUAAUAAACCUGCUUUCUACAUCUCCAUCGUCUUACUAACUUUUUCACGGGAUUUUUCGUAUUAAAAAUAUUGAAUGAUGUGAAUGAUGGCUCACUUACCUGAAAAAUGAUGGAAGAACGAGAACUAUCUAUAUGUUAACAUCAUUAUUGGUUGUACCAUACGAUAAAAAAAUGGCGCCAAAGACGGCUCGGGAAUGACAAUCGAUGAUACUUUUGACGAGGUCAAGCCCUGGACGUCAUUACUUGGCCUUUGUUCUUUAUUUUUUAAUUGUGCUUACAGCUGCCCUUAAGAAGGUUGUAAUUUAUUUUUAUUUGGUUAAAAAUGAUAUUUAAAUGGUGUAUUUGGUAAAUGUAGUUGGUCUCGUAAGUAGUAAAAUUCGAAAAAAAAUAAUUUUUUAGAAAUAGAUUUCUGAAUGAAACGUUCUAAUCUUUUUUAAUCCUUCUUUGAUUAGUACUAAUUUUUGACCAGUUUAUGCCAAUUUUUAGUAAAAGAUAUCUAGAGAUUGACCUCGCCAAAAUUUCGAUGAUAAUUUUGUCAUUCCCAGCCCUCUUGACGCCCUUUUUUUCUAUCAUACGGUACCUUUGUCCAUGCAAGUAUAUACGAUUAAGGAACUUUUUAAGGAGAGCUUUUUUUCAGCCUCUCUUUGUUACCAGAGAAAUUUAUUGGCAUUAACAGCAGCUUUGCUGAAUUUGUAAAUAGUAUCAUUUUUGAUUUGCAAGAGAAAGUGAGAUUUUGAUGUAAUUUCUAAAAUAAAGUAAAAUGUAAAGUCCCUACGGUAUUUAAACUAAAUAGUAUUGAAGAAAAAAAGGGGACGC